AUGUCAAACCGUUCCGACGACUCGUUAGAUCCGCUUUACCACUACGAGCCGAGCCGUAUAGACGCCGAGGCAAGGGGUGCGAUGGAUUCUUCCGAGGCGUCUGCUUCGCCGAGCCGUUCUCACCGUCCAUCUGACGAGGCGUCAAAUGAUGAAAACCCAUCAGAUGUCGGCUCUCCGGAUGGCGAGCCGUCGGUUUCGACGAGCCAUCCCCAGGAUCCCGCUCCUAACGAGGGCAUUAACCGAGCCGCGCUCAAGGCCGAGGAGGAGGCAUUUCCCUUUGAUCUUUUCGAGGCGAAGCUUGAGUUGGAACGCCUCCUGGCGUCCCGAGGUGCUUCCACAUCUGGGCGAACGCCGAGAGUUAAGAGGCAAAAACCCGACCCGCCUGGGUCUUCACUCUGCUCCCUUGAGUCGCUCGAAGUGCUGAGGCAUCGCUUCGGAAUAUCCGAGGCGGUAGAGUUCGUUGUACCAGAGAAAAGCGACCGCGCCGACAACCCUCCAGUGAAUCAUUUCACUCUGUACGAGGCGUUUUUCGAGCUUUGCUUCCUCUGGUUCCCAAUCCCCGGAGUGAUCCUCGAAUACUUUUGGAAACAUGGGAUCUCGAUCGGGCAGAUUAUGCCGAGGGGACUGCGGCAUAUGAUCGGCAUUUUAGUCCGAAGCUUCAAAUGCGGUCUUGACAUUGAGCUGAACCACCUGCUGAACUUGCUGGAAAUCAGGAAGGCUCCGAAAGGAAACAGUUCGGUGCUAUCUUCCCCCGAUUCCCGACUGUUCACCGUUCGAGAUUCUCUUUCGGCGCGGAAGGUUAACUGGAGAAAGAAUUUCACCCUCGAGAGGGUAGAGAAGGCGCGAGCCAUUCUUGCAGGAGUUCCCGUCAGCUCUUCAUCCUCCAGUUCCUCCAGAGAUACCUGCGAAAAGAUGGUGAUCUUAACCCUCCGAGAAAGGAAGAGACGCGAACAGGAAGAAGCCGCUAGACGAGCUGCCGAGGCGGCUCGGGCGCAGGCCGAGGUGGUUCCGGCGCAAGCCGAGGGCAAAAUUGUUCCCGAGGCGUCUGGGGGCGAUUCAGCGGUUCGGAACAAAGAGCCUUCGAACUACGCUAUUCUAACCCUCCCGAAGUCGACGAGGCCCCCGACUUCCGUCGUGCAGAAACACGACCCGAGCCGAAAACGUUCGGCUGCUGAUAAAGCGAAGGGGGUCGCUGUUGAGAGGGACGAGCCGUCAAAGAAGAGACGGAAGCCGACGUCCGGAGAAUCCGCCGCGCGCAAGUUGGUCGUCGAUGACCCCGACGCCUCCACCAUAAUGUUCUCGCGUGUAAAUAACGCGAACACGCGUCUUCCUUCUCCGGAGAAGUUGAGGAGGCCGAGGUCCUACGGCGCAAUGGCGCAGCGCGGGACCAAGUUUGUCGCGGCCAUUAACGACCUAAUGGCCGAGUACGAGGCGGACCUGUCUAAGGUUGAACGUCGCUUGGCCGAGGCCAAAAUUGAGUCCGCAUCGUCGAAAACGAAGCUGGAAGAGGCUCAGACCGAAGCCGCAGCGGUAAAGGGGAAACUGGACGAGGCGACGGCCAGGGCGUCCAGGCUGGAAGAGGAGAAGAUCGUCCUGCGUGCAAACGUAGAUAAACUCUCCGCCUCGAUCAUUCGCCUUGAGGAGGCGAGGAGAGCCAAAAGUGCCGAGGUGGCGAUGCUGAAGAGGCGUAUCGAGGCCAAGGAUGCCUUGUUUGAUGCUAAGGUCAAGAGGGCGAAAAAGAAGGCGAGGCGAGAGCUUACAGCGAAGUUUCAAGAACGCCUCGCCAAGGUGGAGGAGGGUCUGGUUCGGCUUGAAAAAGCCAAGAAUGACGAGAAUGAUCUGGGACAGAUUAAGGGCAAUCUGGCGAUGAUUGCCGACCUGAAGAAACCAGAUGCCCCGACGCUCGACGACGAGGAAGCAAAGCUGAAAAGCUGGGAAAGCGAGUAUGCCGACGAAGGGGCGUACAAGCGCAUUGCUUCCGAGAUUCGGGGCGAGCUGUACUAUUCCCCCGUAUCGCCGGACUCGGUCGACACCACCUUCGGGAACAAGCCGCUCAAAGAGACAGCGGCUAACUUAGGUGUGGUGGACCCGAACGGAUCGAACGCGGGCACGCCAGUCCUCUGA